AUGAUUUUAAACUCUGUCAAAUUUACCUUUCUUUCUCUCUCCCUUUCUCCUCUUUCUCUCUCCCUUUCUCCUCUUUCUCUCUCCCUUUCUCCUCUUUCUCUCUCCCUUUCUCCUCUUUCUCUCUCCCUUUUUCUCUCUCCUCUUCCCCUUUCUCCUUUCUUUCUUUCUCUCCCUUUCUCCUCUUUCUCUCUCCCUUUCUCCUCUUUCCUCUUUCUCCCUUUCUUCUCCUCUUUCCUUCUCCUUUCUCCUUUCUCCUUUCUCCUCUCCCUUCUCUCCUCCUUUCUCCUCUUUCCUCUCCCUUUCUCCUCUUUCCCUCUCCCUUUCUCCUCCCUUUCCCUCUUUCCUCUUCUCCUCUUCUCCUUUCUCUCCCUCCCUUUCUCCUCUUUCUCUCUUCUUCCAAAAGUUCUCAAUGCCUACUUGAGAUGCAGAAAUCCAAGAGAACCUUUUGUUAAGGAUUACAACUCUGCCCUUUCAGCUAUUGUACAAGCAAAUACAACCCUGACCAAUGCUUUGCAUUUGGCUUCUGCCUACAACAUGGGCAGUAAGCUGAGGAAUUUGGCUCGGACGAUGCGUGCUGAGGUUAAUGCAGCCGUCUCCAAUGUAUCACUCCUUAAUCAAAUAUCUGGUUGCCGUUUUAUCCAUGACAAUUAUGUUGAGGCUCUUGAUGGUCUCUGUCGACAAAGUCUUAUUGGGGUGGCCUUCAUUGCGCUGAUGUGUAGUAUCAUUGGCCUGGCAUUGACUAUUAACAUCUGCCUUGCUACAAGAGCUUCAAUUCUUUUUGCAAAGAGGCUGGUGUACUACCCAGUGGAUGAUACGGACCCAUUCCUUCCGCGGCCCCCUCCUUACAGCUACGGCACCCUCCCUACGGCACCAGCAGACCCAUUCCAGGUGGAUGUGCGAAGAAGUUACCUAAGCGAGAGUGCUGCAGGUAGUGAGGAUACAAUUCCACGGCGGGUAGGGCAAUAUUCAGACUCACCUCCCCCUGCUUACGCUGACUGGUUCCACCGUGAACGUAUGUCCGCGUCAAAUAAGGUUGGAUAA